AUGAGGGUCAGCUGGCGUGCAGCACUUGCAACCCUCCUCUCCUCGCUCGCCGUCGCACAGGCCGCAGACUUGUCUGGCUUGAUCACGAGCGCUUCCUCGACCGCUUCCUCAUCAGCAUCGAGCGCAUCUUCAGCGGCUUCGUCGGGCAGCGCCAGCGCCAACAUCACCUCGGCACCCUCGUCGGCCUCUCCCUCUCUCUCCGUCUCGCAACUCGUGACGGUCUCCAAUAACCGAUCUGUCACGCUUAAUGUCACGGUGACGCAAGCGGCAAGCACGAGCUCGUCGACGCAGCCGGCGAACCUCACUACCGCCCCUACGCCAAGCCAGCUGGUCUCUAUCACGGCGUACGCGCCAGGAGGAACUGCGACGGGUGUUGCGCUGGGUCCGAAUGACGGGUACAUUGCGGCGGCCGGACGAGCUGACACGGCCUUGACAGCGUUGUUCGGAGCGGCUCUCGUCGGUGGUUUGGCGGUGUUGGCUUAG